AAGUUUCACGUGAUGUAAAUAUGGCUGCAGUUAUCAGCUGACAGUGAUACGACGCAAUUACAGAAUACAACUUGGAAACUUGGAGUAAAUAUAUUCAUACUUGACUUGACAGCGAAGAUGGAGCGAUUGUUUGUUCUGUGUUGUGUUUUUGGGCUCUCACUUUCCCUGCCUUCCAAUGUAUUUGAGUUUGAACAGCCACAGAAUGGAGGAAAUCACUGGGCUCUCUUGGUGGCUGGUUCCAAUGGCUAUUUCAAUUACAGACACCAGGCAGAUGUGUGCCACGCCUACCAGAUAUUACAUGCCCACGGCAUCCCAGAUGAGCGAAUUGUUGUGAUGAUGUAUGAUGACAUCGCUGAGAACUCAGAGAACCCAGUAAAGGGGAACCUGAUCAACCAUCCUGAUGGCCCCAACGUGUACGAGGGAAUUAUCAAGGACUACACUGGCAAGGAAGUGAACCCUGAAACUUUCCUCAGCGUACUUAAGGGAGAAAAGGACAAGGUCAACGGCAAGGUUAUAGACAGUGGCCCCAACGACCAUGUGUUCGUCAACUUUGUGGACCAUGGAGCUCCUGGUAUUCUUGGCUUUGGAAGUAAAACAUUGAAAGCCAAAAAACUGAUGGAUGCCAUCAUGUUUAUGCAUGAUAACAAGAAAUAUGAUAAGCUUGUGUUCUAUGUGGAGGCCUGUGAGUCUGGUUCCAUGUUUGAGGAUCUCUUGCCCAAGGAUAUCAAUGUGUAUGCGACCACAGCUUCAAAUAGCCACGAGUCCUCAUAUGCCUGCUACUUUGACAAGACACGGAAAACCUACCUCGGGGAUGUGUACAGUGUUAAGUGGAUGGAAGACUCGGACAAGGAGGACCUGACCCAGGAGACAUUGCAGAAGCAGUUCAGUAUCACGAAGGAGGAAACCAACUCCAGCCACGUACAGGAGUUCGGAGAUUUGAGUAUUGGCCAGAUGACGGUGGCUGAGUUCCAGGGCUUGCAAACGGCCAAAAGGCAUUUCUCCGAACCAACAGUCAAAGACUACUGUGCUGACAAGGUGAAGUCAGAGGAUGUUCCACUGGAGAGUCUACGACGCAGCCUCAACCUUGUUUCUUCGAAGGAGGAAGCCGUCAACAUUCAGCAGCAGAUCGAACAAAUUCUAAAGGAACGGGAAGUUGUUAACAAGACCAUGAAACAGAUAAUUGCCAUGGCAACAGAUGAUCAUGUCUUGACAACCAACGUCAUGGAAACGCGUCACAAAAUCUCCGCUUGGGACUGCUACGAGGAGGUGGUGGAGACAGCUGAUCAGCUCUGUGAUGAAUACCUCAACAUUCCAGAGAAUGACUAUGCCUUGCGGAAGUUGUACAUGUUUGUAAACAUGUGUGAGAUGCAUGUGCCCCGGGAAGCCAUCAACGCUGCCAUUGAGGAGGUCUGCAACGUUGGCAAAGUCAACAUACAAUAAUAAUUACUCGUUGACACUUUGAAUAUCAGCUUCAUGUACUUUUGAAAAUGAUCAUGAGUUGUUUUUCUCAUACAUAAAAUCCAGUGCAGUUGUUGUAAUGACACUGUGCCAUUUACUCUGUAUGCUGUCUUACAUAUGUUUUUUCUCUACAUAGUUAACUAUUGCAAUUUGAUAUAAGUUAAUAUUGUCAAUCAAAGGUUGUCUAGAUUUUUAUUAUUAGCAAAAGGCCAAAGUCUUCAUUGUUUGUCAAAGGUUGAUAGAGAUAUUUAUUAUUUUAUUGCAUAUCCAACUAUGCGUGUACGUUAUGAUUAUUCUCAUCUUUUGCAUAAUUCUGCCUACAUGCACAUUCGUAUUGUUGCUUCACAAUGGUAUUAUGUACCUUAAAACAUAACACAUGUGUACAUGAGCUAAUCUGUAAUUUUAUAAACAAGCCCCUUUUCUUUUAUUAGUUUCGUUUGUGAUCUAAAAGAUAUUUUUAUCGAAAUCUUAUCAAAACAUUACCAAAGCACCAAUAUUGAAUAACAUUGUAUAUUUUAGUAAUUUCAUGUACAUGUUGUUGAACACUUUCAUAUCAAGAUAUAAGGGGAUCUUUUUAAAGGUUUCUGAAUGACUUUAUGUGCAAUAACUCUGGGUUUCUUUACAAAAAGCUGGGGUUAUGUAAUAACCUUGUGCAAAAGCUUUAACCUUGGCCAUGGCUUUAAUGAUUGUUGAGUUAUGCUUCUUGUUGAUUUGAAAAACAAAGAACAGAUGAGUGUUCUGCAGAGCUCUUGUUUAAAAACAAUGUUGUGGCACACUUUCUAUUUGGAAUAGUUACAAGUGAAAAUAAUUGUUGUAUUGCUUUUAGUAACAAAAUAUUUUAUUUACAGUAGAUUUUUAUGGACCAGAUAUACUAUACAUACAUUCCUGUUGUUUCUUUAGUGUUUUAUAUAUCUUUGUUUGUUGAGAAAUUGUCUCUGCUGAAUUAAUACAUCAUUAAAUGGAUAUAUUUAUA